CAGGAGCUUGGUUUUGCAGGAUUUUCUAUAAUGAAAGACUUUGGAUUUUGAUUGAUUUAUUGAGAUAUGUCUUCUGCGGUUAUGCAACAUCACGGAGGUGAUGGUGGGGCAAAUCCUCCUCCAGAUCCAACGCAGAUACAGGCUGAUUGUGAGAGAGUGACGACUAAAACGAAAAGGCGCGGCAUCAACAAGGGGUUUUCAACUCGAGAAGCUAGAGUUGCAUUAGGUAGACCACUACCACUGGAGUGGGAUGUUCGAGGGAAGACUUACAAAGAAAUUGGUGAUUAUUCCCAACAUUUCUCUAGAGAGAUCGGCAUUCUCAUUCGACAAUAUGCCGAUCCUGACUACGACCGAUGGGAUAAAGUACCCAGCGAAGUUAGAGAUCGCAUACUUCCUCGUCUAGAGGAUGAUUUAUUCGACAUUGGUCGAAGUCGAUAUGCCUCAGAGAACCUCCUCGGCAUUCUUUUGGGCAUUCAACGGUCGUGCGCUGAUCGUUACUCGGAGUGGAAGAAUGACUUGUCCACUCAUUUAAAAAAGAAUGGUCGAGCACAUCCUCUUGAUGGUUUGGUGGUGGAGAAAUGGCAAAAGGCGCUCCAGUAUUUUGAUCGCCCUGAAGUGAAGAGAAGCGUGCAGGGUUCACAGUCUACGCCAGCCCUUCGUUACAAGAAGCGUGAUUUACAAACUGGGUGUCUUGUUGGGGUUCCAGAGAUUUGGAUGGCGACUAAGUACAUAGACGGGGAAGGUUGGGUGAGCAAGGCAGCGAAAGAUAACUAUGUAAGUAAAUUUAUAUUUUAUGAUUUUCUUACUUUAUUGUGUUGUAAAUUCUAAUAUUCUUGAAAAUUGUGUGAUACAGGAAAAGAUGAUAGAGAUACGUGACACUCUGCAGUCACAAUCAUCUACGAGCGCCUCUGCCUCGAGUACUAUCCCGAGAGAAGAUGAUGACAUUAUUCUUGUUGAGACGAUCUUUGGACGUCAUCGAGGCUAUCAGCCGGGUCUUGGUCGCAGGAUUCGCACGAGGGCGAAUUGUGAAGCGGCUGAGGUACCUCAACCAGCCCAACCACCUCCUACCGCACAAGACAUGCAAGAGGUGAGGGAGCGACUCCGAGCCAUAAAGGAGCACUUGGCUAGGAUUGGUGGAGUCUCGGGAUCUGGAUCUUCUCAGCAAGGUCAUGGUGCCGAUCCUACAACACCUAGUUAAAAAUAUUUAUAUUUAUGUAUUUUAAUUUUACUAUGAUAGUUACUUUGUUAUAAAAAUAUUUAUAGUAAAAAUAUAAUUUUGUGCAUGAUUAAAUUUCUCUUCUAUUUCAAAUCUUUUAGCAAAAAAAUGUGUUAGUAUAUAUAUUGAAUAAUGGCAUUUUUUUAAGUAUAUAUAAUAGUGCUUUAGGCAUAAAAAAAAAGAAAAAAAAAGACUUUUAGCCACAAUAUGUUGUCGCAAAAAAGUAACAUGUCGUCGCUAAAUACCUAAAUAAUUUCAAAAAUCAGAGGACAUUCCUAACUAACAGCGACGAAAAAGUGGAUCUUUUAGCGACCACAUGUCGUUGCUAAAGGGAAAUAGCGACGACAUUUUUCAUUUCGUCGCUAAUUAAAACCAAUUAGCGACCAGCAUUUAGCAACGACAAAUAGCGAUGACAUGGUAGUCGCUAAAGGAAUUAGCGACUAUA